AUGGGUGUAUGUGUUAGUAGAAAGAUACAAAUUGAUCCAACUCUUGUCGAUGAAAUAAAUAAUAUUAUCGACAGUAGAAUUAUUCGUAUUCCAACAAAUUAUAUUAAAGAACAUGAUCGAAUUGUUAGUGAAAUGGAAAAAGCAUCACCUGAACAUUACGAAGGUUUAUUAUUUUCAGAAUAUCCAGAAAAAAAUUCCAAUGAAGUUCAUAAAUUAUCACUUAAAUAUGUUACUUCAGAAGAAGUCAAAAAAGAAAUUUCCGAUGAAACUUAUAAACAGAUCGAACCAAAAUUAGAAGAACAAAUCAAAGAUAAUAAUGCCGUUGUUCAAGAAUCUACACGACAAGCUGCACAAAAAUUAAUUGAACAGACAGUUGAGGAAUCUGUAGAUAUGAUUAGUGAAAAGAUAAAAACAGAUGAAAAACCAAGAAAACAAGAAAAUAAAUAA